AUGUCGUCAAAUACAUCAAUUAUGAACAAACAAAAAUCAGAUUCUGUUCUUGAAAUGAAUAAUAUUGAAGAUUAUUCUGUACAAUCGAAAAAAACUUAUUUAUUAACAGAUGACCAAUUAGAAUUAAUAUUAGGACGAUUAAUUACGUUACAUAAUGUUCCUUCACCUCAACCUCAACUUCAACCUCCGAAUCCUUCAAAUGCUAUUGGAAAUCCUGGUCCUCUUGGUCUUGCUGCAUUUGCAUUAACAACAUUUAUGCUUUCAGUAUUUAAUGCUGGUUCAAAUUUAAUUGAUCCUCAUUUAGAAUCAGUUGUUUUACCAGUUGCAUUAUUUUAUGGUGGUGCAGCACAAUUUGCUGCUGGAAUGUGGGAAUAUAGAGUUAAUAAUACAUUUGGUGCAACAACAUUUACAAGUUAUGGAGCUUUUUGGAUGUCUUUUGCAGGUUAUGUUUAUUUAAUUGUACCGAAAAUUGAAGCGGUGAAUAAAACAAAAAAAGCAACUGGUCUUUUUCUUUUAUCAUGGUUUAUUUUUACUCUUUAUAUGAAUUUUGCUGCUUGGAGAGUUUCAAAAGCGAUAUUUGCUAUAUUUACUGUACUUAAUUUCACAUUUUUAUUUUUAAUUAUUGGAACUCUUGGUAAUAUACCUGUUAUAACAAAUAUUGGAGGAUGGUUCGGAAUAAUUACUGCAGUUUUAGCAUGGUAUGCUUCGGCUGCUGCUAUUAUUAAUACAACUUUUAAAAAAUCUUUAUUACCUGUUGGAGCUUAUAAAUCAAAAGAAAAAUCAUCUUCAAUAAUAAUUACACAUUUUUAA